AUGCUCGACUCCGAGAUGCACUACGAGCGGAAAUACCCGACCCUCCCCGGCGCCAACAACAGCCGCUACAUUCCGAACUGCCCCUUCAACACGAUCCACCGCGAGGACCACGGCACGACCCGCCCGAAGGUCAUCAGCAAGCUGCACGGCGAGAUCAACAGCAGGACAUGGCUGACAGCACGACGCAAGACCGGCACACGCAAACCCAUGCCGGGCGAGUUCUGCAACACGGCUACCAGCCGGGACCACGACGUGACCCUCCCGCAGACAGCCUGCACAUAUGGCGGCCGGAUCAGCGAGAAUCAAUGCAUAGCCUGCCCAAAGAUCAAGGAGCUCAACACCCUGCAGCUCGACAGCCAAGUGAUCCGCUACCCGCCCUACUACACGAUCCGCCCGAAGACCUCCGGAGCGAAGCACGCCGGAAAAACCGGCGAGGACCGGACCCAGACCGUGAACGAGCACCCGACCAUGAUCCACCGCAAGAUCCGGGAGCACAACUACAUGCUGAGCAAGCCCUACGACAAGCCUCUGCUCAUCACUGUCCUGCCAGCGGCGGCGUUCGACGAGCCCUUCCUGGCGCACGACGCCAUCGAGGACCCCGGCUACAUGGAAGAUACCGAACUCAUUCGGAACCAUUUUGGCAGAGCCUGGUUCCGACAUUGGCAGAGGCGACAAACCCCGGACAGCACAGACGCACGCCUCGACCAGCACGCCCAACACCUCGUGGAUGAGAUCGCCUACGUGGUCCACCUGGCAUGGUGGCGGGAGGGAACGAUGACUUCGCACGGCCAGCCAAUGCGAAGAUGCGGAUGCCUGGACAUGGACUGGGAAGACGACGACGACACUUCAAACAGUGAGGAUACCGCCUCAGAACACAGCCGCUCGAGAAGCCGAUCCCCUCCACCCUUGACAACAGCUGAGCGCGAUAGACUCUACAAUUAUCGACAUCAUGCCGAACGACCCCCACGACCUGGAGGAGCCCACAUCCACAAUGCCUCCGCAAGCUGCUCAGGCAACGCACUAUGGAAGUGGCAGGGCCAAACGACUUCACCGCCGACGCCUCCUACGCCCACACCCUGGACUAUGACUUCGAGCACACCCGGCGACUCCACAACCGACGGGUACAUCGACACGGAGGAGACAUGGCUCAUGGCGGACAGAGCCAAGAUCCCGGCAAACAAGAGGAGCCCCACGAGGCUCUGGAAGGAGUUGCCGGAGAGCCGCAAGAGCUCUAGCACAUGCGUCCUGCGACCACCAUGGAAGAGGCAGAAUAAUCCACCACUCAAACCGAGACCACCGAGCCAGUCACCGCCAAAAUGCCGACCCGGGCCAAAGAAGAGGCCGCAGCCACGUGGAGGCGAAGUAGCAGCCCCAGCGACUCCUCCCACGGCACCGACUGACCACCCAGAGGAGUCCGAGGAAAUCAGCCGGGACGAUGCGGUGGCCAUAUGGCAAUCGCUUCUGGAAAUGGAGUCGCACGAAGCUCUGGCUCCAGCCGAAGUGCCGGUACUCCCGGCGCUUGCUGCCGACAACAUCGUCGAAACCCUGGUGGACAAGCCGGAGCCGGUGCACAAUGCCCUACUUGAUGCCUUGCCAUACUUCUUAGGCCGCCUCCAGGUUGACAUAGCGGAUGCCGUCGAUCGCGCCAGAAAACUCCGACAGCAAAUGAAGGAGGGCACGGAUGGAGGAGCCUCAGCGAGCACUGCGGCGCCCCGCCAAAGACCACCACCGAGUGCCUAUGAGACGGAGGAGGACGGGAACGAGGACGACGAGAACAUCUACAUGCAGACAUCUAUGAGCUCAAAGGCAAAGACACCUGACACGGUGAGCUCCUCGACGCCCAAAUCUAUGAUGUCCCUGCUUCAAGAACAUGAUGGUCCGCUCCUUGCCGACCGGGCCCAAUUUGAAUCGCUCUUUGUUGCCUACUGUGACGAAGUUCCUGAAGCACCUGAAGCAGACGCCCUCAUCCUGGAAAGUGCAUGGGUAACAACAUGGUGGCGACGCAUAUGUGGUUACCCAGAGCUCAGCAACGAGGACAUUGACAAGGCCAUGGAAGACAUGGAGGAGCCCGACGACCGCCUUGAUCGCCAAGCGCAGGAAGCGCACGAGAACGCCAUGGAAGCGCAGUACAUCCAGCACCUUCAAGAAGCAGCUGCCAAGCAUACAGGAACCCUCCUAGCGGAGCAGGCCAAAGAACAAGACGCCAAGGUGAUCGACGCGGCAGGUGGAUGGAGCUGGCGCCCGCCGAGCAAACGCUUGAGGAUCGGCGUAUGCAUAGAUGAUGGAACAAAGUCGCAAGCCUGGGAUUGGGAAUUGGAUGCAGGCCACACCUUCCAGCUGCAUGUGAAGGCCAGCAAACUGGACGAACCCGGAACCUGGCUACAUCGCGGAGUACCAGCCCCUCUACAACAUGUACCACCUGAGCUCCGAGAUCCUCCACGUCCACCAGCACCACUUGCACCUAGGGCUCCCCGGACCUAUGACCUCCACCGACCAGCAACGCGCGAGCUCUUUCGCCGUUGGAAGGAGGGGCUCAUCUCGGACCAAUCGGUUGUGUCGGCCAGCGACACAGGGAUGCUCAACUUUUUCCGCGGAGUGGCCGACAUCCCGCCAGAAGUCUUUGAGGAAUUGGACAACCUCGACACCUUCAGCCUCCAGGCACCCCAAGAAGCAGGUGAACAACAAGCCGCAGCAUCCACAUCCUCGCCAGCCGGGCAAACAGCGGAGAACACCAUCGACACCGCCGACCGCGAGACCGUCCUACUGCCGCCGACUCCCAACACCCUUGCACCGGCCCUCGACAUGCAGUUGCAACAAGAAGACGGGGAUGCACAGUCGAACCCAGAUCUUUAUUACAAUAGCUGCCGCUGGCUCGAAGAACAUGGAGCAGUACCAGAUGGUGCCGAACGUGACGAUCGCAGGCUCGUGGCCCGGGUCGCCAGCGCGGCGAGCGUGCUGCGCCAGCGCGCCCCGCAGCUGAGCUCCUGGGAGAUCGAGGCAGCGCUGCCAGUGAUGGAGAAUGCUGCCAAGGACAUCUGCGACUUGUGGCACCAGCUGCGGAACAAGCUUGAGAUCCGCCUGCGCAGCGAGCGGUGGCGCAGCCUCGCGAAGGAGAUGUCUCUCAGCGACGAGCUUGUGGAGAAGCUCGAGGUUAUGCAUGUCGAGACGCAGUCCUUUGGUGUUCCCGGCCUCACGGUUAUACCGCCUCCACCGGUGCAUCCGCCCCCCCCACCACCAGCUGCCGCCACAGCCGCUGCUCCUACCGGUGCAGCUCCUACCGGUGCAGCUCCUACAGCUGGGGCAGGCGCGGCUCCGCCGGCUAUGCCUCCCAUGCCUCCGAUACCCAACAUCUUCGGAUUGCCCAUCCCCCUGCCAGUCCCAGCCGGGCCGGCGGGCGGUCCUGCCGCCAUUCUCCCCGGCCAGCCUUCUCAGGUUCCUGGUGGGGCGGUGCCAAUGGCUCCGAUGCCCCCCGGCACUCUGCAAACCCCACUCAUCCUGCCCAUGCCCUUGGUGAAUCCUGCGGGACCCCAAGCGGCCCCUGCAGCCCCCGCGGGCCCUGCCGGACCUGGCGUAGCCACGCCAGCCGUUGCGGCUGCCACCGCUAUAGCUUCCAGUACAGCACAGCAGGUCGCCGGCGUGGUGCACCAGCUGAUUAACCAAGUCAUGCAGGCUGGCCCCAAUGGCGGAGCUGGAGGCGCCGGAGCCGCCGGGCCUCCUCCGACAGGACCGCCCCCAGGCCUCGGAGGGUUACGGGACAGCCUGCGCCUGAACGUCAUCCGCGUGCUGCACUUCAGCCUGGGGGAUCAAAGGAUCGCCGGGCGGCUGCACUUAGGGAUCGAGUCGGAAGUGCAGAGAGAGACCCAGGGCGACCGGACGACUUCCCCGGCACGUCCCGACAUUCUCUGCGUAGAGGUAGAGCUCGCCACUGGUGACGACGCCUUUAAGCCCUUGGCGGCAGCCCACCGAAUGGUGCAGUUCUCGCCUCCGGGUGCGGACGGCAGCCGGUCGUUUGGUCCGUGGACCUGUACAGACAAGCGCGAGGUGGAGAGGCGUUGGCUUGAGAUGCGCGCGAAGGCCUUGGGUGUGCUCGGGCUGUCCCUUGAGCUGAAGCAGUUCAUGCGCCUGAUGGCCGGUCUCUUGGGCGCAGCGUUGCUGGUGGAGCCGGUUUCCCACCGCCGCUUGUGGCAAGGGCUGAAGACGGUCUCUGGGCCAAGCCAGUCCGCACGCCUGAGGAUUGGCCUUGGAGGUCUCGGAUUGGCGGGCCUUGCCGAGCAGGUCCAGAAUGCACGGCCUUUUCCAGACAUGGACAACGGUUCGCUGCCACUUGGACCCGCCGAGCUGCUUUCGCAUCCGCCUUUCUCGGACUUCGUCUGA